AUGUCCUUCGGAAAAGAUGUGAAGAUGCAGCUGGCUUGGCUUCUGAUCCUUGGGGCCCUCUCUGGGACAACUGCCCAGAGAUCUAUGGUCGGGGAGGUGUUCUUGUUCUCUCAAGCCUCUACUGAUUCAUACGUGACCCUGACUCCAAUCCUGGAGAAGCCCCUGAAGAACUUUAUCGUAUGCCUGAAGGCCUUCACCGGCCUGUCCCGCAGUUACAGCCUCUUCUCCUAUGCCACCGAGAACCAGGCCAAUGAGAUCCUCCUCUUCAAGGAAGUCAAAGAGUACACUGUGGCCGUGAGGGGCUCAGAGGUGGUCUAAGAUGUCCCCGUUGCCCCCGGGGUCCUGCCCACCCCUCGCCACAUCUGUUUCAGCUGGGAGUCAGCCACGGGGUUGAUGGGGUUCUGGGUGGAUGGGAAGCCCCUGGUGAGGAAGGGGCUGUGGAAGGGCUACACAGUGGGGGCUCAGGCCAAGAUCAUCCUGGGGCAGGAGCAGGACUUGUUUGGAGGUGGCUUCGACCUGGGGCAGUCCUUCAUUGGGGAGAUCGGCAACAUGUGCAUGUGGGACUGGGUGCUUCCCGAAGCCAAGAUGCACACGAGAUCCAGCUGUGGAAACGUGCUGAACUGGAGAUCUCUGAGAUACCAGGAGAAAGGCUAUGUGGUGACCAAGCCUGAGCAGUGGGCCCGAGACCCCUGA